AUGGUUUUAAUACAUGUAAAAUCAGUAGAAGACAGUCAUCAAUUUUUAUAUGAAACAAAUGUAAAUGUUUUAAUUAAGAAUUUAAAGGAAGACUUAGUUAAUAUACACAACCUUAGAUGUAAAAUUUUGAAACUUUUAGAGGCAUCAUUGGAUUUAGCAAAUCAUGGUCCUAUGAGACCAGAAGAAUUAAGAGGACUAUCAGAAGAUGAAUUAAAAAUAUCUAAAUUAAAUAUUUAUGAAUGGAAGGAAGCAACUAAUCCUGAUAAAUACAAUUUUAGAACCGGAAUACCACCACCAAGUGAUGGUGCAAUAAAAUUAAAAAAUAUAGUUGAUAAAGUAAAAAAGGAAUUAUCUAUUGAAAAAAUUGAACAAAAUAAACCGAUCAAUACAAAUAAUUUGUACGAACAUUUAAAUAUGAUAACUGAAGCUUUAAAUAUAUGCUAUCCUUCCAUGGAAAAAUUACCUCCAUAUGAUCCUACAAGAAUAUUAAUAGAAAAAGAUAAUUUUUUUAAUGAUGAAUUUAUAAGUAAUGAAACUUCUUUAUGGUGGGCAGGAAAGGAAUUAUCAGAAGAAUUGUAUUUAAAAAAUAUAAUAGGUAAAAAUGAAAAAACAAAAAUUAUUGUAAGAGUACAACCAAAAAAGUUAGGGCCACCAAUAAGAGAAGCGAGAAUAGAUAGCGAAACUUAUAAAGCUAUGUUAGCUUAUUAUCAUAAAAAGCAAAAGGAAGAAAAAGAAUUUGAGGAAGACGAUGACGAUUCUUAUUUAAAUUCUGAAUGGGCAAACCCAUUAAGUUUACAAAAACAGUUACAUGGGAAUUUGAAUAAUAUUAAAUGGAAACCUUAG